AUGGGCCUCUUCAGCCGAUUCCGCCAGCCUUCAAAUCCAACUUCCUCCUCCUCUUCUCGGCAACAUGAUCGACCCAGCACCCCUAGUUCCUCCCAGUCCCCUCUCGACGCACCCUCUCGACCAUCCACCUCCCUCGGCCGCUCCUUCUCCCGGCUCGACCUCGAAGAUACAGCGCCCACGCCCCGGCCGAAAGAGAAGGAGAAGGAGCGGGAACGCAAGUUUGGGUGGAAGGGGAAGAGUAAAGCCGAUGUGGGCGGGCGGCCAUAUGAGGAGUAUCAUCCGCGAGCAGAGUCGCCCGUUCCUCCCAGUCGAGUGAUGGGGGCUAUCCACGGCUCGGGGUCGGGAACGUCGAUGUCGGAAAGGCGGAACGUCAGCGAAAGUGGGAAUGCGGAGAAGAGGAUAACGGCCAUCUUUACCCCUUCUCCCUCUGCCUCUGGGGUCCCAGGAAAUGGGAAUUAUGAUCGGAAUGGCCCUCGGAGCUCUACGCCUUCAUACGAACGCCCAAAUCAAAACCCCGGAUCACCCAUCUCGCCCCGGUCGGACAGAACGGUACAUUCCAAUUCUACCGAAAGGGCGCGGUCUAGACCCAUGUCGGACGAGUUUGCGAAGGAUGGCGGAGUGCUCGGGCGGUUGACAUUCGAGAAGCCGCUAGCUGCUUCUACGAGUAUUGGAGAUGCGGGCGGCUCCCCGAGGAAAGAUAGGAAGAUGAGGGAGAAGGUGCCGAGUUGGUUAGCCGGGAGCGGGAGCGAAGAUAAUCUGCCCAUGGUGCUAGGGGAUAGGAGUGGCAGAGGGGCAGACGGACCACCGAGCGCGUACGUCCCACCGAGCGUGUCGGCGCCAGCGGGCAUGUCGGGCCUGUAUGACCGGGAACUACCGCCCCCACCUGUUCCGAGUCCGCCCCAAAAGCAGCAGCGCGCGGCGCACCUCGACGAACCGCAGAACCCGCAGCAAUCGCAGCAACAACGAUUCCCGCCGGUCCCGCAGCGGAAGGCGUCGAUCGGGCAGCUACCUCAUGUGGCUAUCCCGCCCCGAAACGAGUCGGCUAUCGCGGACGAUGACCAGGAGAUGGUGGGUGAGGACCUGAGUGCAAAACGGACACGAUUUUGGGUAGGGAGGGGACGUCGGGCGUCAAGAGGAGAUGAGCUCGACCAGGCCACUUCUGGGUCUAGACCGACCUCACCUACCCCUCGAAAAGCAUCCCAAGUCGCCAACCGGCCCCCAGUCUCGCCCACACCCCGUAAUUCCUCCCUCCCACCCAGAUCCUACCCUACCUCGCCCACUCGCUCGCCUGUCGUCUCCGACCCUCCCCUCCCCCUUCCUCGAGCCAACGCUCCGCCGCCUAAUCUCCGCCGCCCGUCUUCGUCCUUCUUCAGCAAUCCUUUUGCCCGGACCACAUCCCGCCAGUCCAUCUUUACCGAUAUCGACGUGCAGCCCGCACAGGACGAUGGGAGCUUCCAGCUCAAAUCCUUCAGGCACGUCUCGGGAAUGUCGGAGGUGGACAAGGUGUCUUCUCCUGUAGAAGCACCGGGGCGCGGUGGACGCAACACGUCAGUUCUCGGACUGACGGACACAUCCACCGUCUCCAGCCCAAUCGCCAUGGACUCGGAAGACAAGUGGGAUCCCGUACCGCCCGUUCGGCCCGCUAUGCUCUCCCGACCCUCGUCGUCCGCUUCUGUACGGACGUUCGAUUCGGCCGACUCGCCCAAAGUAUCCGUCGCGGCCUUCAAGAAGGGGAUUCGGCGACCCAGCGAGAGUUUCCCCGAAGGAAGCAAGACGGCGCUGGACGAUGACGACGAUGUGCCCCUUGGCGUACUCAACAACAAAGGCUUCGCAAGAGCCCAAUCGUCCUUGUCGCUCUCGGACCAGGCGGAUGUGCCGCGCCCCUCCCCCAAGCUCAUGCCCAUGCCGCCGGCUCUGGAGAUCAAUAAACCGAUGCCGAAACCGUACCUUACGCCCAGCCCGCGCGUGGCUCAGCUAUCUCAACCGUCAUCGAGGGAGGCGUCGCCGAACCCGUCUCACCACCUGAGUGUGGGCAACGGUAACGGGAAUGUCAAUAGCGGUGGAGGAAGCAGAGGCGGUCAUCAGCGGAAUGGAGGCGGAUCGGGCGGAUUUGUAGUGCGCAGUGCGCAGAGCUCGCGGAGUAACGUGUCGAUCGAGAGUCAGCGCGGUGCUGGCUCGCCCAAGGUGGAUAGCUCGAGGGCGGCGAGUCCGCUCGGCGAGGAGAGGGAGGAGGUGAUUUAUUCUCCGGUCGGUCUGGCGGGACUGGGACCUCCAAACGGAGGGGACUACUUUGGCUUGAAGACCAAUACGGCGGUAUUGCCAUCCUCGGGCAGCCUUGCCUCGCCAUCGGUCGUAUCAGAGCGAAACGCCAGUGUUCCCGUUGCUACCCCUUCCCACCAGUCCAAGCCGUUCAUCAAAGACAGCUCGCCCGUCAAACUCGACGACGGGCCGGGGCUACACGAUCUCAUCCUCCCCCCUCGGCCCUCCGAGCUGCCCGAUGCGCCGCCACAUCCGCAAUCUCCCCUCCCCCGCUCGACAUCAGGCCAGGUCUCCCCCAUUGCUCGGCCCACCGACUUCUCUCGCCGGAUAUCCAGCUUCCUCGCUCCCUCCCCGACCGCCACCACUGGCGGAAUAUUCGCGAAAGCGCAAGAAGAUGCGAAGGAGGAUGGUUUCGACCCUGCGCUGGUCGUCCAGUCACUGGCGGCAUUCACGGACGAGCCUGCCCCGCUGCCUCGAACUGGACGGCCGAGUCUGCAGGACCGGCUCGGCAAGGCUGCGGGGCUGGUCAAGCCUGCUGGCGGGAUGGAGCAGGAGGAUCGCGCAAAGGGCGUCAAGUCGCCAGAGAGCGAUACGACCGUCACUGCUUCUUCUGAUCUCAAUCGGCCAACGAGCAGCUUUAUCAAGCCGAGUGGUAAUGCGAAGGCAAAGAAGGCAAAGGCAAGAACGGCUACAGCUGCGCGCGGAAGAACGGGGAAGAAGGACGGGUGGUCAUCCAGCGAGUCGGACGAGGAUGAGGAAGAAGAGGAGGAUGGAGAGGAGGACGAUAAGACUGUCGAGGGGGCGCAUUCGUCGAUCAAAGUGGCUGGAGUGCGAUCGCCGACUUCUCCCGCUCUCGCUCACGCGGCACUCCCCACUCCUACCUCGACCCUCCCCGCCUCAUCCGCAGCGGGCGCGUCGCUGCCGGCCCUACCUGCCAUCACCUCCCAGCCGAAGCCGGUCGACCUGGCCUCAGAGGCCGACUCGGACUCGUCAAGCGAGGAGGAGACACUCGCUACUGUGCGCGCGAGAGCUUCUCGGUCCGCCCUCAACGCGGACUAUCGCGCUGGAGCGCAAGCCGCACCAGCGCCUGGUCCACCUCAGGGAUCAAGAGGUGUUCGAUCGCCCAGCAGCCCUAAUCUCAGUCUGCCGCCCCCGUCGAGCUUUACAAAAUCCCACUCUUCAUAUCGGAUCGUCACGCCUACACCUACGCGCUCUAGCCCACUCUCGCCUAAGAAGACCGGUAAGCCCCUCGAGCUCGGAUCGGGGCAGCCUAAAAAGACACUCUCGCCACCGCCUCUGGGCCCGCCGUCGCGCAGGAGCCCGCUUAGCCAGUCUUUGUCGUCUACCCAGCUCAAGCGGGAUGCGGAGGCCGAGACGGACGAGGAUGGGCAUGGGGAGCUGUCGCCUCCUCGGUCGAGUACGACGGCGUCAGCGUCAGCUUCCGCUUCGGCUGUACGCACCGCUUCGCCCGCGUCGAGUCAGAGCGGGUUGACGGGGGAUAGCAUGCUCCAGCCUGUCACGCCGAGGGAGAGCUCGGUAGGGCCGUCGAUCAAAGGGAAGGAGAGGAUGGGCUCGAAAGGUCAAGACCGGAACACGGGUCAUGGGCGUACCACUAGCCGGGACUCGUCUCAACCUUCAAACGGACCGAUCAGCUCAAGCACGUCCAUGGCGUCCAUGUCGCCAUCGACAGAAGAGCGGCAGCGGCGAUUCUCGCAAACGUCCAUGCCGACUCUGGCACCUCAGCUAGCACCUGCCGCCCAGGCAUACCCGCCCAAUAUGGACCCGGCUAUGAUACGGUGA